AUAUAAAAACUCGAAAGAAUAUUGCAAAACUAGACAAUGACGUCGUUAUCUAAUACUCAAGAUGUUGUCGUCCAUGUAAAUGGUAACGAGAAUGAAAAGUCCAAUGGUAUAUCAAAUGGAGUGUAUUACAAUGAAAAACGUUCUAAAGUGACAGUGGUGACAGACAAAAAAACAAGCACUAGGAAUCUUUGGAUUGUUUAAGUAUGCUGGCAAGUUAGAUAUUGUGAUACUGUUACUUGGAACAGUAUUUGCUAUGGGACUAGGGACAUGUAUGCCAUUGAACCUUUUAGUAUAUGGCAAGGUAGCCAAUGCCUUGAUUGAGUAUACAAAUUAUAUAAAUCUGCAAGCAAUGCAAAAUAAGACCAGUAUGAUUAAUCAGAGGAUAGAUGCACUUGAGGAAUAUUCUGAUGUUUAUAGCAUAGCAAAGGAUUAUGCUUUUUGGUUCAGCAUGAUCGGGGUCGGUGCAAUCAUAACUGGAUUUCUGGCCGUAACGUUGUGGACAUUGGCAGCUGAAAGGCAGAUUAAAACAAUUAGACAAUUAUAUUUUACGUCAGUGAUGAGACAAGAAAUUGGUUGGUUUGAUACUCAUGAAAGUGGAGAAUUGUCAACAAGAUUUUCAGAAGAUAUGCAUGUAAUCCUUGAUGGUAUUGGAGACAAAGUGGCCACAAUGAUCCAAUGGGUUACUACAUUCAUUGCUGCUUUUAUCAUUGCCUUUAUAAGUGGAUGGAAAUUAUCAUUGGCUUCUGUAGCAUUUUGUCCUGUACUUGUUGUAGUUGGAGCAUUUAUGACAAGGUGGUUACAAACUAUUUCACGGAAAGAAGCCCAGAGUUAUGCUAGUGCUGGUGCUGUGGCCGAGGAAGUAUUUCUGUCAAUAAGAACUGUUAUGGCUUUUAAUGGACAGACAAGAGAAUGUGAAAGAUACAACGAAAACCUAAAAGAUGCUAACAGUCAAGCAAUACGAAAAGGCAUCGUAACAGGUCUUGGACAGUCCGUGUUUUGGUUUUUUGUAUAUUCAGCAUUUGCCGUUGCAUUUUGGUAUGGUAUCUAUUUAAUACGAAAUGAUGAGGCUGGAUUUGAAGCAGGAGAAACACUAACUAUAUUUAUGGGAGUAAUGAUAGGCUCAAUGUCAUUGGGUCAGGCCUUCCCGACAUUAGAGGUUAUAGGCAAUGCUAGAGGUGCAGCACAGAAAGUAUUUGAAAUCAUUGACCAGAAAUCAGAAAUUGACUUCUCAUCAAAAGAAGGACGCAAACUUGAAAAAGUCGAGGGAAACAUUGGAUUCAAAAACCUAUAUUUUAGAUACCCGGCUAGACCAGAUGUUCAGGUUUUGAGAGGGUUGUCACUAGACGUCAGAAAAGGUCAAACUGUUGCAUUGGUAGGAUCCAGUGGAUGUGGGAAGAGCACAGGAAUCCAACUGUUACAGAGAUUUUAUAACCCAGAACAAGGGGAGAUUUACUUAGAUGGUGAAAAUAUCAAGGAAUUGAACGUCAACUGGUUAAGGAGGCAGAUAGGCGUAGUCAGUCAGGAACCUGUUCUGUUCGCCACAACAAUUGCUGAAAAUAUACGAUAUGGUAGAAUAGAUGUGACACAAACAGAUAUAGAACAGGCUUGUAAGAUGGCAAACGCUCACGAUUUCAUAAAGCAGCUACCAGAAGGUUUUGAGACCUUAGUGGGAGAUCGUGGUGCCCAGUUAAGUGGUGGUCAGAAACAGAGAAUAGCCAUAGCAAGGGCGUUAGUAAGGAAUCCUAAAAUACUUCUCCUGGAUGAAGCUACAUCAGCUCUAGACAAUGAAAGUGAAGGAAUUGUACAGAAAGCUUUAGAAAAGGCCCAGGAAGGCAGGACAACCAUAGUGAUUGCCCAUCGACUGUCCACUAUAAGAAAUGCUGAUGUGAUUUAUGCAAUAGAUCAAGGAGUUAUAAAAGAGAGUGGAACACAUGAUGAAUUAAUGGAGAAGAAAGGAUUGUAUCAUCAACUUGUUAUGUUACAAACCAAGCAUCAUGAAAAAUCAGAAGCAGUUGUUGAGGAACUGGAACAUACACUACUUACAGACGAAAAUAAUAAGUUGGAGAAAAGUUCAUUGAUUCGUCCACGGACAUUUAGCUCAUCCUCAUUGAAAAAUCCCAAGCUUCAUACUGAACUGUCUGUUGUUAGCUCAGCAAGUGAUAGUAAACAGAAAAAGAAAAACGACCCCGAAGAUAUCCCAAAUGUUCCAAUGACUAAAAUUUUAAAGAUGAAUGGACCAGAAUUUCAUCUUAUUGUGAUUGGUAUCAUUAUAUCUAUACUUGCUGGAGGUUCUCAGCCAUUAUUUUCCAUCAUCCUGUCAGAAUUUUUGAAGGUGUUCACGUAUGACGAUGACGAAGCAGAGUCUACAUCUGAAAUGUUAGUUGUUUAUAUAAUGACCAUAGCUGUGGUUUCAGCAAUUUUCAAAAUGAUCACUUUUGUAACGUUCGGUACAGCUGGUGGAAACUUGACAACAAGAUUCAGAAAGUUAGCUUUUAAGUCAAUUGUUUGGCAGGAUGUAAAAUUCUUUGAUGACCCUAGAAAUACUGUUGGUUCAUUAACAACUAGACUUUCGUCUGAUGCUGCUCUUGUUCAAGGGGCUACUGGAUCCAAGAUUGGAGUCACCCUUGAAGCAAUGGCUACCAUCCUAGUUGCUCUAAGCAUUUCAUUUUACUACAGUUGGAAGUUAACACUGGUUACACUUGGAUUUUUGCCAUUAAUGAUAGUUACAGGAAUUGUUCAAAGUAAAAUCCUAACAGGAUUUGCAAGGGAAGAUAAAGAUUCUUUGGACCAUGCUGGAAAGAUAUUAUCAGAAGCUAUAGAUAACAUUAGAACAGUGGCAUCACUUACAAGAGAAGAAACAUUCGUAGAACGUUAUGAUGAACAUAUAGACCAUGUUUACACAUCAUCUAGGAAGCGAUCACUUGUGAAUGGUUUUGUAUAUGGAUUAUCUAACAGUAUUAUGUUUUUUGCCUAUGCUGGUGCCUUCACCUAUGGAUCUUACUUAGUCCAGACUGGAGAACUUGAGUUUCACCUUGUUUUCAGAGUAUUUAUUGCAAUUAUAAUUGGUGGAAUGUACGCUGGUAGAACUUUGUCAAUGUCGAUGGAUUUUAAAAAAGGACAAAUAGCUGCAGCCAGACUUUUCGAUAUUAUAGAAAGAAAGCCUGAUAUAGAUGCUCUAGAAGAAAAGGGGGACAAACUAGAUAACAUUGAAGGAGAUAUUGAGUUUACGAAUGUUAAAUUUCGUUACCCAACUCGACCAGAUGUACAAGUUCUUAAGGGACUUACUAUUCGGGCCAAACCAGGAGAAACUGUGGCUUUAGUUGGGACUAGUGGUUGUGGCAAAAGUACAACAGUACAGUUGUUGGAAAGGUUUUAUGAUCCGGAAGAUGGUCAAGUGACGUUAGAUGGUACAAAUACAAAAGACCUGAAUAUAAACUGGUUACGAUCUAAGAUUGGAAUAGUGUCCCAGGAACCAGUGUUGUUUGAUGCCAGUAUAGCAGGGAAUAUUGCCUAUGGUGAUACUUCACGAACUGUACCCAUGCCAGAGAUCAUUGAAGCAGCUCGAUCAGCAAAUAUACAUACUUUCAUUGAAAAACUUCCUCAUGGAUAUGAUACAAAUGUUGGUGACAAAGGAACACAACUAAGUGGUGGACAAAAGCAGAGAGUUGCAAUAGCAAGAGCUUUAGUGAAGAAUCCUAAAAUACUUCUACUGGAUGAGGCAACAUCAGCAUUAGAUACAGAAAGUGAACGAGUCGUUCAGGAGGCUCUAGAUAAAGCUCAGCAGGGACGAACAUGCUUUGUUAUAGCUCAUAGACUAUCCACCAUCAAAAACUCAAACAAAAUAGCCAUCAUACACAAAGGCGAGGUUGUGGAGUUAGGUAAUCAUGCAGAACUUAUGGCGUUUAAAGGAAUUUAUUACAAAUUAAGCACCCACAAUCAAGGGAAGUGAAUGGCUGUAUAAAAUAACCAGACAAAAACAUGCAUCAAACAUCAGUGGUAGAUCGUAUUAGACAUGUUACUGAGGACAGUUGAAAAACUCACCUACGAUUGAGAAAAUAGACAAUCUAUUCAUUAUCAGUAUUAUAUUCAUGUGUGAGUGUAGCGAAAGUUCACAUGUUUUCUAAACUGUAACUGUCCGAGAUUCUUCAGCUAGAAUGGUUCACUCGAAGUUUCAUUUGUGAAAUAUAAAAGCUGAUAAACAAUUACGAAUUUCUUGUUUCUGAAUUCAGUGAUGUAGCUGACAAUGACUUAUUAAAAUCAUGUCUCAAAUAUAAUUCACUAAUAGUUUGUGUAAAAAAUAAUAGUUUAGGAUUGUAGGCAUUUUAUAUCUGAUUGGAACACAUAAAAGCGCAACCAUCUAAUUUCAAGAAGGGAGAAGGAGGGAGGUAUGGUCUAUUUGUCCUUUUUCAGAGUGUUUUUUGCGCAAUGACACUCGAACAAAAUUUUAAAAGGCCUUAAAAGUGUUAAGUUGAGAAGCAUUAAACCGUUAUACAUUACAGAUGGUUGCAUCAAACCUGGCAAAGGCCAUCUUCAACCUUAAGUUUUCAAAGAAUUUUAACAAUAUAUGUCUUAUAUCAACAGCGAAUUUAAUGCAAUUCUCUACUUAUAUAACAAAUCAUGCCAAACUCAGAAUGCUAGCUAAUGGGUGUGUUAUACCAUCGGGGAAGCAACGUUUAGCAGUCUAGUUGUAUUGGCCCUAUGGUUUUAAAAAGUAGGAUUCUUAACUCGGUGAAGAAUUAUCAAUCGAGUUCUUGCUGGUUUUACCGAUGUUUUACUUUCAUGUAGUAUGAAUGGACAAUU